UUCAAAGAGUCGACUCAGUUUACCGAAAGUGAAAGUGUUUCUCAGUCUCGACUCCAUUUUGAGGAGCAGUUAGAAAAACACAAAGAUCUUCACCAGCAGUCAGAAGCGGUGAGAUUCAUGUCCAACAACAAGCAGUGCUGAAGAAAAGUGGAAAUUUGAUUGAUUCCAGCAGAAGAGAUCUGCGUCUUCAGGACUCUGUGUCUACACAAGCAUUGAAAAAUGGAGAUUCCUGAUCAUGUGACCUCACCCUCAGACUGUGAACUACAGAGAGAGAGAUCACACUCACCAGUGCCCAGCUGUGUCUCCAUGAAAAGUGAUCAGUCUAUGGAUCCUCCUUUGAAAUUUAGCACUGGAAUCUCCUCACCUGUACACAGUGAACUACAGAGAGAGAGAUCACACUCAGCAGAACCCAGCUGUGUCUCCAUGAAGAGUGAUCAGUCUAUGGAUCCUCCUUUGAAAUUUAGCACUGGAAUCUCCUCACCUGUACACAGAAUACAACCAAUUGGACCAAUGCUACCCGGCAGUGUUUCCCUGAAGAAUAAUGUGUGUGUGGUGACUCCUUGGAACUUUGAAAGUGGAAACUUCUCAGCUGUACACAGUAAACUACAGAGUGAGAGACCACACCCACCAGAACCCAGCCGUGUCUCCAUGAAGAUUGAUGGGUCCAGGGUUACUCCUUGGAACUUUAGAGUGGGAAUCUCCUCACCUGUACACAGUAAACUACAGAGAGAGAAAUCACACUCACCAGAACCCAGCUGUGUCUCCAUGAAGAGGAAUGUGUCUAUGGUGUCUCCAUGGAACUUUAGCACUGGAAUCUCCUCAACUGUACACAGUGUUCUACAGAAGGCAGGAGACAGAAGAGAGAAGAACAUCAUCACAGCUACAGGACACGACCCAGAAUCCACUGCUGCAGAUGAAUUCCAGAAGUUCAAGUCCAAUCUGAUGAAGAAGUUUCAGUGUUUGAAUGGAUUGAUGCUAAAGCAGGAAAACCGAACACUCCUGAAUGAGAUCUACACAGAGCUCUACAUCACAGAGGGAGACAGUGGAGACGUCAAUAAAGAACAUGAGGUGAAACAGAUCGAGGCAGCAUCCAGGAGGAACCCAACUGAGGACACACCAAUCAAAUGCAGUGACAUCUUUAAACCCCUACCUGAACAAGAUGAAUUCAUCAGGAGAGUUCUGACAAAACCCUUAUCUGAACAAGAUGAAGAACCCAUCAGGAACGUUCUGCCAAAGCUUUUAUCUGAACAAGAUGAAGAACCCAUCAGGAGAGUUCUGACAAAGGGAGUAGCUGGAAGUGGAAAAACAGUCUCUGUGCAGAAGUUUGUUCUGGACUGGGCUGAAGGGAAAACAAAUCAGGACGUCCACCUCAUAUUCCCACUUCCUUUCAGAGAGCUGAAUUUGAUGAAGGAGCAGAAACUGAGUCUGUAUCAGAUGCGGUGA